AUGGCCACCCAAGUCGCACAGUCUCCCCGCUCUCAGUGGAGGGCGAAAAGGAGCCAGGUCUUCCGGUCUGUGUUUCCUACUGAAACCUCGCUGUCGACACCACAAUCCAACACAUCCCAGCCAUUCUCUGGGCAUCAUGCAGAGUCAUCCAAGAUUCUUUCCCCCGUCACGGCCUCGUUCCUCCUGGCUCCUUUGACGUCUCAGAGGCACAUUCCCGACCAGAAUGCUGGUCCAGGUGUUUUCAGAGGUGCAGAUGAGCAGACCACCUUCAACCGCGCUUGGCACACUGUCACCACGGCGUUGCAGCUGCCAACUUCUGCGUCGGGCCAAGACUCGUUCGGGGUUCUGCCUCCGGAAUCGCCAUUCCAGUCCCAUGAGGAUGAGGUCGCAUUCAAUGCCGCGCUUCAGGUGGUGCUGCAGGUUCCUCAGCUAGGGACCGGCCAUGACCACACCAUCCUGGUCUGGCAUAGCCAUCAAGCUAGACGGCAUUUCAUUCAGCACGUAGACCCUCUACUGGCCACAAUACCUGCCACCGGCAUCUCGAGGAGUCAGGACAAGACGAAGUUUUACAACGAUCAUCUUGUUAUCAUCGAGAAUGCAGUGCACAUACUGGAGGCUGCGUUGCGGUGGUACUUCUACUCCCUGUCCUUGAUACUGCGCGGAGUCCAGCGCAGAGACCACCCAAGGGCACUGGCCAGGAGCUCAGAGGCCAUAGUGACUAGGUUCCGACGAGAUAUACAUGCACUGAUCAGCAACUCAGCUGGUCCAAUCAUGCCAUCGCUACGCGUAGUACUGGAUGUUCUCACGGAACAAACACUCCAAUUACCCAAGGCCGAGCCUAAGCUCAGUAGCCAUGAGGAUGUAAGAGCGGACAGCAGUGAGGCCGAUAAUGCAAGAGGGCGGCUCUUGCACCUGGUCGAGGCUCUGUCACAGGUUGGACUUGCGGGCGAGGGUUUUCAAGGCUUGUUCGCCGAGGUCAUGGAUCGAAACAUGCGAGAGUACGUCCGUCGGUCCUAUGCAAAAGUCUGGAAAAUCUCUCCAGGAAACACUCGAGGCCUUGCUGGCCUGGACAAAGGCGUGGCCAAGUCCAUGAACCUCACUCAAACAUCUUGGUGUAUUGUGACUCUCUGCCACUGGAUAGAGAACCACUUCGCUCGCCUAGCUUUGGAGGUACGCAGUCGUACCGACGGGUCUGGUUCAAAAGCGAAGAUCGCUGUGCCCCUGGCAGAACUUCAGCAGUGGAAGGAAGUUGCUAUCGGUCACAUUGCUGGGCUGCGGAUCUCGGAGUUGUUCGACAUUGUUCUCCAGUGGCCAUCCAGCAAGGGAGCCCUAGAUGACCUCAAGGCCAGUGUCACUACCCCUGAACGGCGGCGGCAAUUGACAGACUCCUUUUCUGCGGCGCUCCAAAAGCGACUUUUACACCCUGCCCGGUCCACACUAGACAUAUUGCGAGUUUACAUCUCCAUGAUUCGUACUUUUCACGCUUUGGAUCAUUCUAAGGUGCUUCUGAGCCGGGUAGUCCCGUCACUCCAACUUUAUCUGAUCCAGCGAGAAGAUGCCGUCCGUAUUGUGGUCACAGGCUUGCUCGCCAGCCCAGAGGAGGUGGAGGAGGCCCAGAAGGGCACGUCUUCUCCCAAGGAGAUGGGAUCCGGCACCGAGGGCGGCGGCAAGCUGGUCGAACUUGCCAUACUUCUUAACGAUCCGGAUCAACAACGGCGGGUAGAAGUUGACGACGAAGACCUAGAUUGGGACGACAUGAAAUGGGUGCCUGAUCCCGUUGACGCAGGUGUCAAUUACAAACGUCCCAGGUCCGAGGACGUUAUUGGCACGCUGAUCAGCACUCUUGGAGCCGAAGAUGUCUUCAUCAAGGAGUUCCAGACAAUCAUCGCGGACAAUCUGCUAUCCACGCAGACAGGAUUCGCGCAGGAGCAAAAGGUGCUGGACCUUCUGAAGAAGCGGUUCGGCGAAUCUGCCCUCCAAAAUUGCGAGGUCAUGAUUAAAGACAUCUUUGACUCCCGCAAAGUCGACAGCAUGAUCCGGUUGGUAGAGUUGGGCCAGCCAACUCAGGCCCCUCGUGUGUUCGGUACGCCGACGCCUACACCCGCGUAUGUCAGCGUCGGUCAGCAGCUGGAUAUCGACGAAGAGAAACAAGGCCUGCUGCCAUAUCAAGCACGCAUUCUAUCCCGUCUCUACUGGCCAAACAUCGUCCAGGAGACUUUCACUCUCCCGCCGCCUGUCGCAGAACAACAGGAGAGGUACGGAAUGGGCUACGAAUAUCUGAAGUCAGCACGAAAACUCACCUGGUUGAACCAGCUGGGCCAAGCCACUGUUGAACUGGAGCUUGAAGACCGUACCGUCAAUGUCGAGUGUAAAACUUUUGAGGCGGCCGUCAUCUAUGCAUUCCAGGAUCAAGAUGAUACGGAAAGCGGAGAGCACAGCAGUCCAGCUCACCGGACCAUCCAAGAAGUCCAGGAGCACCUCCAGAUGGACGAGGAGCUCGUCCUACAAGCUCUCGAGUUCUGGGAAUCUAAACAAGUCCUCGGCCGCUACCCCCACGAUCAAGAUACAUUUGUCGUGCUCGAGCGCAGAGAUCAGCCUCUCACCAGGCCUGAACUCCACCCUGCCGCUUCGGCACCGGCAGUCAUGCAAGAUGACCACGGGGCACAGCCGGGCGGCAAGCCGACCACCCUUAAGCGGGCGGGCACGACGAGCGCCAUGGACGCCAAGGAGAACGAGAGGAGGGCCAUGUACUGGCAGUUCAUCGUGGGUAUGCUGACCAACUCUAUGCCCAACGCACCGUUGGGGCAGUUGGCUAUGAUGAUGAGAAUGCUGAUCGCGGAUGGGUUUUCCUGGAGCGACCAGGACCUGCAGGAGUUUCUGGCGGAGAAGGUGGAGCUUGGGGAGCUGGAGGUUGUUGGCGGCAAGUACAAGUUGGUGAAGAAGUGA